UGAGCAGUCCAAAACGUAAGUAAUGUAUUAUGGUUAAUACGUUUUUUACGCUGUGAGCGUGUUAUCUCCUUUUUUUGUGGAAUUGUGUAUGGUAAUUUCUAUAAAUAAUUAUGGAAAUGGCUGUUUCUCAUUCCCAAAGUGAAAUUAGGGGAUUAAACAAUUCGAUAUACAAAAUUGCUUUAUAUAAAAUUACCGAGGACAGAGUAUUUUUUAGAAUAUUCAGUUUGGUAACUUGUAUCAAGUUACUUCUGAUUCCCACCUAUUAUUCUACUGAUUUCGAAGUACAUCGCAACUGGUUAGCCAUAACUCACAGUUUAGCAGUACAUGAAUGGUACACAAGUGAAAAAUCUCAAUGGACUCUGGACUAUCCACCCUUAUUUGCCUGGUUCGAGUACUUUUUAUCUCAAUUCGCAGUUUUUAUAGAUGAUGAAAUGUUGAAGGUGGAUAAUAUUAACUACACUUCCUGCAACACGAUAGUAUUUCAACGUACAUCCGUAAUCAUCGCUGAUUUCUUCUUAGCUAUUGGUGUAAGAGAGAUUGGAAAAGUUUUUCUAGAUUCUGCUGAGCGUUUUUUCAUUUUAUCGUUCUUAUCGCUUGCCAAUGUCGGACUCUUGAUUGUCGAUCACGUUCAUUUCCAGUAUAAUGGAUUCUUUUUGGGUAUUCUACUAUAUUCACUAGCAAAAGUAUCCAAAUUUACGAAAAAGGGAAAUGUUUUAAAAGGCGCAGCAUGGUUUGCUAUUUUAGUAAACUUGAAACAUAUUUAUGUCUAUGUGGCACCUGCUUAUGCUGUGUGGCUUCUCAGAUGGUGCCACAAAAGCAACCUAUUUUUGAGAAGAAUAAUCAAACUGGGAUUCAUUGUUUUGUCAGUGUUUGCCUUUUCCUUCUGGCCCUUUAGAACUCAGAUGUUUCAGGUAUCAUCAAGAUUGUUUCCCUUUAAGCGGGGACUUUUGCAUGCGUAUUGGGCUGCCAAUAUAUGGGCUUUGUAUGCUGCCUUUGAUAAAGUAUUGUCGCUUUUUUGGAAGAAUCGUGGAUGGCUUCACGAAGAUAAUCAAGCCAAAUUAACUGGUGGACUUGUUCGGAUGCAAUCUUUUUCUGUACUCCCAACUCCUUCUCCUCUUGCCACGUUUAUAAUCACAGUUCUGACAAUGCUGCCAAUACUAUGGAGCUUAUUUUUCAAACCAAAUUCUGCUAUUGAAAAGUAUUUUUUAAAGUGCCUCGUUGUUUGCGGGCUUUCUUCAUUUAUAUUUGGCUGGCACGUUCAUGAAAAGGCUAUAUUAACUUCAGUUAUUCCUCUGAGAUCCACAUCUUUUUCGUCGAGGAGGGUCAUUUUUAGGCACUUGUCUAUAAAUACAGUAAACGGCAAAGAGCACAUAACGCAUCCUUGCCUAACACCUUACCUAAUAUCGAAUCAGUUACUCAGCACGGUGUGCUUGAAAGUGGGCUUAAUCGAAAAUCUGCCAACCUGGGGUAUUCUUGGUGGAUUUAAUUCCUAGGCAUCUCAGGAGUCUUUUAAGCUCAAAACUAAAAUCGGCGACAGGGAGGUUUUUGAAAAAAUCUAUUUUAGUAUUUAAGUUUGCAAAACUGGGGGUUGCGUUUUAAACCUUUGAAGUUCACAUUUUUCUAGCACAUAAACUUUUAUGAGAGUAGGUGUAUAUACGAUUUUUCAAGAUGACGGAUUCACAAUGCUGGCUGAAAUAAAGUAAAUCAAAUACUAGUUUCUUUGAAUUUUUCUAUUCUAUUAGAAUUCUAUUCUGUAGAAUCAACAUUUGAACUCUGAGAACUAUGAUUUGGCGUUCUAUAAAAAAUGAAAACUAUAGAUGAAAACUUUUACCCGCACGUUUUCUCUUUGUCUGAGUUUUCUCAUGCGCCAUGGAAUGUAUAAAAAUAUCGACUGAUUCAUUGAACUAAUUUGGAGAUUUUUGUUAUGCUUCUUUGUAACUGAUUAGUUGUAUAACCCAUAAUUCAUUAAUUAUUUUAACACAAUGAAAAUCGUGUGAAAAUUUGUUUAAUUUGUAGCAAAAAAAGGGUCGUAACAGUGCAGAAAUGAAAAAAUAGUACCGAAAGGGAAACUGGUGGCUCUUAUAUAUGGAGUCUUCAAAUAUAAUGCUGAGGACGAACGGUUACCAAACGUUUGAUGUCA